UUUAGGUCACCUUGUGAUGAAAUAUUAUAACUUACAUUUCAAUUGUUGUGAGAUGAUUCUUAUACGCUUUUACCAUUUGGUGUGUAUAUGACAGUGAAUCACUUCCCAGCUGAUAAGGUGUAGGGUGUAUUGCGUCUUCACAUCAGCUGCUAAUGUUAACAAUGUUUCUACCUUUCGUUGUGAUACUAGGUUAUGUUCACCUGGUUUGGGGCUAUGUGUCUUAUCAACCAGAGCAAGUCCAUCUUGCAUUUGGAGGUAAUUCAUAUGAAAUUGUUGUAACGUGGAGUACAACAAAUCAGUCCAAUGAAUCAUUGGUUGAAUACGGAAUCGGUGGACUAAUCAAACGAGCGACAGGGAAGUCGACAUUGUUCGUCAGUUCUGAAAAUGGAACUAGGAGUCAGUAUAUUCAUAGAGUGAGUCUGCCUCAGUUGACAUCAGGUAGCAAAUAUGUUUACCAUUGCGGCAGUGACCAGGGCUGGUCAGAUAUGUUUUGGUUUAUAACGUCACCGGACGAAUCUACGUGGAGUCCUCAGUUGGCAAUAUUUGGUGAUUUGGGUAAUGAAAAUGCAAAGUCAUUACCACAUCUUCAGGAGGAAGUUCAACGUGGAAUGUACGAUGCCAUCUUACAUGUUGGCGAUUUUGCAUAUGACAUGGACUCUGAGAGUGGUCGUGUUGGAGAUGAAUUCAUGAAACAGAUACAGCCAAUAGCAGCGUAUGUUCCUUACAUGACAUGUCCUGGAAAUCACGAAGAAGCAUAUAAUUUCAGCAACUACAGGGCUCGUUUCAGCAUGCCAGGUAGCUCAGAGGGUCUGUGGUACAGUUUCGACAUGGGCCCAGUUCACUUUAUUUCUGUAUCUACUGAAGUGUAUUACUUCUUGGAAUAUGGUUUGAAACUUGUGACUAAACAGUAUGAAUGGCUGGAGAAGGACCUCAAGGAAGCCACAAAACCUGAAAAUCGUGAUGUCCGCCCGUGGAUCGUGAUGUUUGGUCAUCGUCCCAUGUACUGUUCCAAUACUGGUGAUGAUGACUGUACACAUUAUGGAACCUAUACUCGUGUUGGCUUGCCUUUCGUGCAUUGGUUUGGUUUGGAGAAGUUACUGAAUGAUUAUGGUGUUGAUUUAGUCAUCUGGGCUCAUGAGCAUUCGUACGAGCGUUUGUGGCCGCUGUUUAACUAUGAAGUCCGUAAUGGAAGCUACGAAGAGCCGUAUCAUAAUCCGGGUGCCCCUGUCCAUAUCAUCUCUGGAUCAGCGGGAUGCAAAGAAGACAUUAGUCCAUUCAUACAAGAGCUUCCUUAUUGGUCAGCAUUCCGCAGCACCGACUAUGGCUACAUGCGAAUGCGCAUCUUCAACAAAACGCACUUAUAUGUUGAACAGAUAUCGGUUGACAAGGAAGGGGAAGUGAUUGACCACGUUUGGAUCGUCAAAAAUAACCACACGUCAUAUGCAUAAAUAUAACUGCAGGCUGAACGUAUUGCUAUCUCAGAUCUGAAAUUUAUUGGUCUGAAUUAAGGAGUGUACAUUAUGUUAUGCAGAGCAGGUGGAUAUACUUCAUAAGUAUAAUAGAUCAUUGAAUCAACCACAAAGCAUAAUUUAAUUAGUCAAAGGAACAUGUGGUCGAGAGUGAAUUUAAGCCCCGCUAGGUUCGUAAUGUGCGUACCUUGUCUUGGUAAGGAAACAACCAGGACAAUUAACCCGUAUAUUUUAGUCUUUCAACAAUUUUAUAGUAUUAUAUGUGUAACCAUUUUUAUGCUUCCUAUUAUCGGAAUGUGGGUAAAGACUGGGUGCCGUACUUCGUAAGACUUUUGACUCUUAUUUGCCGAGAUCCUCUGUAACUGUUUUAACAAGUGGUAUCAAUCUGUCCAAAAUGUCUUAUAUGCUUGCCUGUCUGAUCCCUCUGAUUCACUUGCGAACACCAAUAUCGUAGAUAUUAAAUGAUAAAUUUUUACGAAAAUCUAUUAUAAAGCAAGCCGUAGACGCCACCUCAUCUUGUUAACUUUUACAUUCCAGAUCUUAAUAAAAUACCAACAUAGUAACCACAUGAAUUUUCAAAAUGAGAAAAUUUCAUGGUCGUGUAGUCUUGAAAUUAUGGAUGGUGAUGAAUCUUUGGAAAAUAUCAAAAUUUUGUUAGAGACAGUGUUUCUGAUGCAAAAUAAUAACGCACUGUGGAAUUUAAUUAAUUACAGACACGUUAAUAUUUAUUCGAAGAGUUUGAACAAGUCAAACCGAUGUCACCGAACCAAAAAUUCAUGAGAAUUUUACAAAUAAUUUCGGAUUUUUUGUUGUUGUUAUUUUAAUAUUGACUCCGUUGUUGCGCAUAACUAAUUUCUCAGAAUAUUUUGUUUGAGAAGAUCUUUUAAUAAAUUCUUCUCUCUGUUCUUAGUCCCAGAUGCCUCGUGGGAUUUAGAAAUAUUUACAACACAGAGGUGAUAACUUUGGUCUAUACCAAGAACGUGAUAGCCCUUGAAUCAGCACGUUUAAAUUCUUUAGAAUCUUUGAUUCCACAUCUAGUGAAAUUAAAUCAGAUAUUCGCAGAAUUAUUCUUAUAUAACCAGUCUGAUCAUGGUCGCUCCUCGUGUUGCUGAAGUCGCAUGUGAAUGCAUUUAUUACCGCAGUACUUUGCAUAUUGGAGACGUAAGGACAGGUCUUGUGCCCGAAAAUUUUCUUAAUUUCUCGUAAAAGUCGAGUGGCAGUAUUUUAAUCACAUGGCGAAAAAGUAUUAUGUUGUAACUUUGCGUAAAACUAAUUUUCUAAAGAAGUAACUAAAAGCACAUAUCAAUUAAAAACAUAUCUGAUUACUCUAAUUAUAACAUUAAAAAGAAAAUAGGGCAGCAGCUUGGAAAUACCGAGAACCUUAAACCACACGAUGCCAAUUUUGAAAUGUUAAUACUUGUUUUGACGUAAAUAAAUAACUUUAACCUUUAUCGAUUAUGUGUUACUGCUUCUGAUGGUCCAGCUGACCACUAAACCGUUAGACCGAGAGCUAAACCCCGGCUAUCGGUCCCAUAAUGCAGACGGUUAAGUCCUGUUACCAUGUGAUAAAAGUUUAAAUAUGAAAUCAGCAGAGGAAGAUUUCAGGUAGCUGAGCCGAGACUCGUAGGAAACGUAUGGCAGAAUGCGGAAAGACGCGGUAUGAGAAGACUGAAGAAGUAUUAAACAAGGCAAUAUCCAAAUUAUUUGGAUAGAAAAAUACAUGCUGAAGUUAAAAUAAUUACUGUUUUUUUUGUAUCAUAUUACAUACCCAUAUUUUAGAGGGAAAUUUUUAGGAAAAAGACAGCCCUGCUAUAUCUCUAACCUAUGAGACACGCGUGGAUUUUAGGCAGUAUUUUCCGCAAGAAAGGUGUGUCGUAUACUCCAGAAAAUAUGGCAAUAAUAACUACAAAAAAUGUAGACAUUGAUAAGAAUAAAACUGUGAUAUAAUUAUAUAGUUGGGCUUUAUGUUAAAAACGAUGUCAUAAAUAUAAUUAAUUCUAUAAAUAUUAUAUAUGUUUUUAUAUUAUGAUUCUUGAGUUAAAUUAAUAAAAUAUAUGUACAAGUUA